AUGCAUGCGGCCGAGCUGGCCUAUCUUCUGGGAGGUAUUUCUAUUGCGUUGAACUUGGUCGCUAGCGUCCUCAACGGCGUCUGUCUUGCUUCAUCAGGAGCCUCGUCAAUCGAAUCGACCACUGUCACACUCAGCGCCGCUAGCUGUGUGGUGUUGGUUAUUUUGAUACUUUUAUGGAGAAAGAACAUUUGGCUUCGGUCUAUAGACCGUUGGGAAAAGUGGCGGACUAUAGCGUACGGCCUCAUUUUUGCAUAUCUUGCAAUAUCCAGCGGCGUCACAGCUGGCGCCGUCGCGUGGAGCACCUCAAGACUCGGGGAAAGGGGGAAAGGAACGAGGACACGUCCCAGCCAGCUGGAACUAUACAUAUUCAGGUCUGUGAUAUGGACGUUGGCUGUGUUAAGCCAAGGGCUGUUUGCUGGUUUUCUUUUGAUUGACAACUCCCACAACCAAUGUCCGGGCUCGCUCUCGCAGGAGCUUGUGCUGCAACCAGACCAGUCGAGCCUGAAGGAUAAAAGCGCGGCCAAUGAACCAGCAUUGACGAUUGAAUCGAGACGACAAUCUAUUGAUCGAAAAACGAGCUGCGAUAGCAGUCUUUUCCCAAGCCAGCCCGCUACCUCAACCGCGUCCUCUCACCGCUAUUCUGGAAGGACUCUAUUUCAACAAGACUCUAAGCACAAUUCACUCGAUCUUCAAUCACCAGGGCUGGGUAUGCCGUCCCCUGAUUCCAACACUUCCCGCAACCGAUUAGAAACGAGGCAGGUUGAAAGGGACAGCUCCAGCAUAACCACCAAGGAGCGGCAAGGGCCGCGCAUAAUCCAGGGGACCCCAUCCGAGAUCAAGAGGUCUUUGGACAGUUUGAUGCUUCAGCCAUCAUCAGGCACGCCAUCUCCGGCCGCAUCGACGACUAAGCUAGAGGCUUCCCGAGCGCCUGCCCCUCCAAAGCUGCACGUACCUGACGAGAGCAAUAUCCACCCAUUGUUUCGUUCCGAUAGCCCAUCGCCACCGCCGACGCCUUUGCCCGGAACAAAUCUCCAUGCGUCAGCCGUGGCCGGGCAGACGAUCUCGGUCAAGACGUUGAAUCGGAUGAGAUCGGCUAAUUCCCUUCGAGCUCACGGACCACGAAGCAAGUCCCCACUGUUCGAGCGGAUAAAUCAGCAAGGCGAGACGACGGAGGAGCAAAAGCCAAAUGCAAGUCGUGAGAGCCAAGGCAGAUUAGCUGAAGGGUCGGCGAUACCUGGAUUCCUCAUGGCUGCGGAUGUGCGCAAGAGCAUCGCCUGGUAUGAGAAGAGGUAUGAAUUGAAUGAAUCUCCAGACGAGAGCUAG